UUGUGUUGAGCUUCACACAGCUGUCACAGCCUCCCCCCUCGGUGAAGGAGAAUCCAGAUCUUCAAGAAAAACAUGGCCUUUAACGGAACAUGGCAGGUGUACGCUCAGGAGAACUAUGAGGAGUUCCUCAAGGCAAUGGAACUUCCUCCAGAUGUCAUCAAGAUGGCCAAAGACAUCAAGCCGAUUACAGAGAUCAAGCAGAGCGGCAAUGACUUUACUGUCACCUCAAAGACCCCCGGAAAGACUGUGACCAACUCCUUUACCAUCGGCAAGGAGGCUGACAUCACCACCAUGGACGGCAAGAAGAUCAAGUGUGUUGUCAAUAUGGAGGGUGGCAAGCUGGUCUGCAACACCGGCAAGACGUCCCACAUCCAGGAGAUCAAGGGAGGAGAGAUGAUUGAGACUAUGACAAUGGGCUCAGCAACUCUGAUCAGGAAGAGCAAGAAGAUGUAACCUUGGCUGUGAAGAAACCAAUGUCUAUUUAAAUAAAAGUGUUGCUUAAUAAAAAAAAUAAA